AUGGUAGGUAUUACUGCCAUUUCAACUGUUAUAUUCUAUUUUAUUGCGUGUACCGUUGCUGUUGCGGUUGUAGCUGAGUCUAAUGCGCGAGCGUCACCAAUAUAUAAUAUCUGUGAGGAUGCAGAAAGAAAUGCGCGAAAAUAUUUUGGAAAGGUGUAGAU